CUUCCGCUAAACUCCUCUCGUGGCGUCAUCUCGACUCAUCUGCUCCUCCAGUGAAUUAACCCGAAUGCCUUCCAGGUCCCAAAUGAUGUGGCUGGCUACAUAUCAGCCGUGUUCAGGAUCGGGCAAGCGAGCGACGAGAUAAGGAAUUGAUUAAAACAUUGAAGAUGCCGCCUUCCUCCAUCCAAGAAACAAGGAGGUUGGCCCCUAGGUAAGGUACCUCCCUAUCAUCGGGUUAGGCAUCAUCUGCACAUGAGUGCCGCUUGCUGUUCCAUCACACUGCACAGUAACUCAUCAGGCGCCCAAGUUAAGGUAAGCAGCAGGAGCGACCAAGUUUGUGUGACAGCGCCGGGGGAUAAUCAUCUGCCAAGGCCAGGUCCGGCGCAACCUUGCAGUCACCCACCUCCACGGAAGCCUUCGGGUGCGAGGGCGCCUCUCAAGACCAUCUUAUCCCCUUCAGAACUUAUCGCCGUCAAGCUGGUCGACGGUGCUCGAAUUCUUGCCACAUCCGGCUAUUCGAGUGCAUCCCCAAACUUCUUAUUCAGCAUCUCGGCUUUGACGGCUCAGGCACGGGUAAUGCCCCGCAGACGCGCUCUUUGCUCAAGCUUCGAUUUUGCCACGUUAACGUUGGUUUGCUACGCAAUAAUCCACCACCAUCGACGACCCAAGAUCCCAACCCCAGAUUUUGUGUUUUCCACGCUCAAAUCCCGCCUUGUGCCCUUAGGCGAGUUUGCUCACAGCCUGAUCCAACUAACCUAUCCAUCGCACCUGCAUUUUGUCCGAUAGGGAAGGCGUUGCAUGUGGCCGCAUACAGCCCGGCCAGCGCCUUGAGCCAUCUCUCGACAGUGGUUGGUCCCACGGACUGGUAGUUCGUCAGCAAGGGCGAGCUCGCGCGAAAGCCAACGAGCCAACUGGAAGCUCCCAUGCCGGCCGAAAGCUAGAUCACAUACUCUCGCCCACAGAAGCUGCAUCGCUGAGGAAUUCUCGGGCGACAAGACUGACUGCCCUUGCGGCUCAGACGGGCGUUCGAGAGGAUAGGGCUGUGCAACUGGGAUAUCAUACUUCUCCCUCUUCAACGUUCGGCAACACAUCAAGACCUUGGGUUAAUAGCCGUUUUAACUUGCUGAUUUCCGUCAGGCAUCCAGGGGACCCGUUGCGUUGUGCUUGCGGCUCCGUGGAU